AUGACCAACGUAAUCGCGCUGGACGUUUUACUUUCUUUCGCUCUGGUCAAACAAGAUGUUGUGAUUAAUGCCACUCCUCAUAACUCACCAUACGAAAAAGAAAAUGUGCAGCCAUGGUACUCCUUUUUUCAAGAUGCCGUAGGAGCAAUCGAUGGUACACAUAUAGCUGCAUAUGUGCCUUUAGAGGAGCAAGGUAAAUAUCGCAAUAGAAAGCAAGUGAUUUCCCAAAAUGUUUUAGUAGCUUGCACAUUUGAUAUGAAAUUUACCUACGUGCUUGCCGGUUGGGAGGGAUCCGCACAUGACGUUCGAUUGUUACGGAGUGCAAUAUUACGCCAAGGACAUAAGCUAACAAUUCCUAUUGGUAAAUAUUACCUUGUUGACGCUGGCUUUCCAUCGGUUUCGAGUUUUCUUGCACCAUACCGUAGGACUCGUUAUCAUCGUAGAGACAUUGAAGGUCAACGUCCUGAAAGUAGUAAGGAGUUGUUCAAUUUUCGACAUUCAUCUCUACGCAAUGUUAUUGAACGUACAAUUGGUUUGCUGAAAAAAAGAUUUGCAUAUUUGAGACAUCAACCCUAUCACGACAUUGACACACAAGCAAAGAUAGUUCUUGCCUGUUCUGCCAUCCACAACUUCUUAAGGACUGAUGAUGUUGAAGAUGUUUGUGAGGAGGACGACUUAGAUAGUAGUGACGAUGAGGUUAACCCUACGCAUAUUGACGUACCUGAAGAUGAAACUCCAAAUGCUCACAUAUCUUUCACAAAUCAGGAAGUGUGGUCUAAUAAGAGGAAUGCGAUUGCUGAUUUAAUGUGGGCUGAUUAUCUUCCCAAUCAGAAUGCGGGAAUUGAUUUCGAUUGA